CAGGAUCAUGUUUGGUUCGCCUUGUUCGAUUCAAUCCUCCUAGCAUUCAGUCAGUUAUAGAUAAGCUUUCAUUCAAGGACAUGGCACCUGCCCUUGUCAAGGGCAGUGCACGUGAGCAGCAAAUCAGCUUAAACCUUCUAAGUAUGGCCAUGCUUGCAAGCCACAUGCUCACAAAUGUUGAGCGUUAGCUUUUGCAGUUGGUAGAGACAAGAAUCUGGUCCCUGGUCUUGUGCCUCUCAUUGAGCAAGGAAGUGAAGUUUUGAGGGGCAAAGCACUUGUUUUCGUGGCCCUUCUUUGUAAGAAUGGGAAAAGGUGGUUACCACACUUCUUUUGCAAUGCACGGUUGCUGUCCAUUUUGGACAGAUUGGCAAAAGAGAAGGAUAGCCAUCUGCAGCAGUGUUUAGAUUCAUUUGUGCAUGUUGUGGCAUCCACGAUGCCAGGCUUGCUGGAUAAUAUAACUGGAGAUAUUCAGCAAAUGGUAGGAGGAACGCGCCAUGGACAUUUCUCUGCCCUUACUAGUUGAGUUGCUCCAAAGACCAGCAUUCACUUGUUUCCGGUUGUUCUCCAUCUUCUUGGAAGCUCACCUUUUAAAAACAAAGUGGUAACUCACCAGGUCUUGCAGCAGUUGGCAAACCUCAUCCAAGUUGUGGAGACACCAUUUCAGGUGAGUAAUUGCUGCUGGGUGAUUCUGUGUUAUUAAGUAAUAUCUGGUUUUUAACUUUUGGCAAGAUGCUUUUGUAUUUCAUUCUUAGGUCUAGCUAUACUUAGAUGAAAUAUCAGCAAUUAUAAUACAUGUCUUUUUGGUUAGAUCUCCAAAUUUAUAUCUUUGAAUAAGGGAAACUGAUGUUA